CCUUGAAAACAAACCUAUUGGUGCAGUUUGCUCUUAGCCUUAAAGUAAAAACUCGAAAAUCUUCUCUUCCCAUCUCCCCCUUCUGUCUUGGAGAUUUUAUAUAAAAAUAGUUACUCCUAUAUAUAGAUAUAGAUUCCUUUUUCAGAGUAGUUGAAAUACAAAACCCUAAAAGGGGUUCUCUGCUAGGAAAUUCGCCGCCAGCUCCAUCUCUAUCUCAGCUUCGCCCCAUUGUAUACGCUUCAUAGACCUUGUACUAGUUUUGCGUUUUAUUGCUUGUGAAAACGCUUUCUUGUUGUUCUAUGUACAACCAUUUGCAGUAAUCGAUUUGAUAUAGCUGAUUUUUGAGGUUCUUUGGUUGCGUGAUCAGAGAGGCUACACGAUUUUCCAGCGUUUUUAGGUUCAGCUGGCGGUAGUUGUUGGAUGGUUGAGUAAUUAAUUGGUUGUUCGUUCAACUCGUGAAUAUGUUAUCUAGAUUCAGUAGUAGGCCAGUCACGGGAAACAAUGACAAUUCUUUCGGAGAUGAUCUGGAAGAGGAGAUAGGUCUGUUGCUUGGUGAACAGAAGCGUCAAGAAACUGAUGAUCUUGAAAAGGAACUUAAUUUGUAUAGAAGUGGUUCAGCUCCUCCCACCGUAGAAGGCUCUUUUAGUGCAGUAGGUAGCAUCUUUAAGCAUGGAGGUGGUGGUGCCACCGGCGCUGGUGGUGAUGGCAGUGGAGGUUUCUCCACCAUUCAAGAAUUUGCUCGGAAUAAAAACGGCAAUGGGUUCAUAUCAGAAGAGCAGCUUAGGUCCGACCCCGCCUACUCAUCUUACUAUUAUGCUAAUGUGAACAUGAACCCUAGGUUACCUCCUCCUCUAUUGUCCAAAGAGGACUGGAGGUUUGCUAAGAGAUUACAAGGAGGGAGCUCUGCUAUAGGAGAUAGGAGAAAUGUGACCAAGAAUGAUACUUCCCCCGUUGGUAGGUCACUAUUUUCCAUGCCACCUGGAUUUAACCCGAAGGAGGAGUUGAAGAAUGAAUCAGAACAGUUACAGGGUUCAGUUGAGUGGGGUGGUGAUGGUCUGAUUGGGUUGCAAGGAUUAGGAUUGGGUGCAAAACAGAAAAGCAUAGCUGAGAUAUUUCAGGAUGACCUCAACUGCGCCCCUUCAUCGGGCGUUCACCUUUCACACCCAACUAGCUGCAAUGCAUUUGUAGGGAAUGACGAUUCAUUGACUUCUGCAGAAUCUGAGCUAUCUCACAUCCGUCAUGACCUUUCAUCCUCAGAUCCAUUAAGGUCAACAGCCCAUGGUUUAUCAGGUGCUCAUAAUGUUGGUCUACCUCCAUCAUAUUCAUAUGCUGCUGUUCUGGGAGCCUCCCUGUCAAGAAGCACCACACCUGAUACUCAACGUGCUGCUAAUGGUCCAAGUCGUUGUGUUACUCCUAUUGGUGGUGGGAGGGUUACUACACUAGAGAAAAAUUCUAUUCAUAGUCCAAACACAUUAAAUGGCGUCAACUCUAGUAUAAGUGAUCCCAUUGAUCUUGUUGCUUCUUUGGCUAGCAUGAACCUUUCAAAUGGUAGUCUGAGUAACACAAAACAACAUGCUUACUUGAAGAAAUCUGAAUCUGCACAUUAUAACUAUCCUUCUGCUUCUCAACGAGCACAGUAUAACUCUGGUAGUGGUGAUGAUCAUCAUCAUAGUUCAAUUCUCCAAUCUAAUAUGCAAAAAUCUGCUUUUGCCUCAAAUGGUUCAUACAUUAAAGCUUCGCCGUCUUUAAAACUAAAUGGUGGAGCUGGCUUACAUUGUCAUCAUCCUAAUUUCGACAGUUCAUAUUCAAGUUAUGACUUGAACGGUCAAUCUGCCAAUUUCAAUUCAACCCAGCAUGGCAGCUUUAAUUUUCCACCCUUGUAUGAAAAUGCAGCUGCUGCAUCUGCUCUGGAGUUCCCACGAAUGGACUCAAGAUUUACCUCUGAUCAGCACCUUGGCAGGAUAGGGAAUCAUAUAGCAGCAGGUCCUGCUGCAAUGCAGGCACAAUUUAUGGAUCCAAUGUAUGUUCAGUACUUGCUUCAGCUUGCAGCACGUAAUGGUCAUUCCUCGGAUCAGGAUUGUAUAGAUAGUGAAUAUAUCAACUUGCUUCAGAAAGCUAGUAAUGCCUUAUCUUAUCGGAAACCACAAUUUGGUGUUGCAUUCAACAGUAAAAGUAUGGGUUCUAAUAAUCAUCAUGGUUACUAUGGGAAUCCUGCAUUUGGCGUUAGUUUGUCAUAUCCUGGUAGUCCCAUGGCAUGUCCUGUAAUUCCAAACUCUCCUGUGGGACCCGGCAGUCCUGUGAGGCAUGGUGAUUACAGUAUUGGAUACUUAGCAGGAUUGAGAAACUCAGGUGCCAAUGUCAUGGGAACGUGGAACUUGGAUAACACGGAGAACGGCUAUCCCUCUCUUCUAGAAGAGUUCAAGGGAAAUAAGGGAAAAUGUAUUGAACUAUCAGAGAUUGCAGGUCAUGUAGUUGAGUUCAGUGCUGAUCAGUAUGGGAGCAGAUUCAUUCAGCAAAGACUAGAGACUGCCACAACUGAGGAGAAAAACAUGGUUUUCCAGGAAAUUAUUCCUCACGCAUUUACACUCAUGACGGAUGUCUUUGGUAAUUAUGUAAUCCAAAAGUUUUUUGAACAUGGAAUAGCAACUCAAAGGAGAGAGCUAGCUAACAAGAUUUUUGGGAGUGUAUUAACACUAAGCCUGCAAAUGUAUGGCUGUAGAGUGAUACAGAAGGCAAUAGAGGUAGUGGAUGUGGAUCAGAAGAUUAAAAUGGUUGAGGAGCUGGAUGAUCAUGUCAUGCGGUGUGUACGUGAUCAGAAUGGGAAUCAUGUUAUCCAAAAGUGUAUUGAAUGUGUACCAGAAGACCAUAUUCAAUUCAUUAUUUCCACUUUUUUUGGUCAAGUUGUCACGCUCUCUGCUCAUCCAUAUGGGUGUCGAGUAAUUCAGAGAGUACUAGAACACUGCAAGGACCCACAGACGCAAAGUAAAGUGAUGGAAGAGAUUCUUGCAUCUGUUAGCACAUUAGCACAAGAUCAAUAUGGUAAUUAUGUUAUACAGCAUGUACUGGAGCAUGGGAAGCCACAUGAAAGGUCUAUCAUAAUUCAGGAAUUAGCUGGGAAGAUUGUUCAUAUGAGCCAACAAAAGUUUGCUUCAAACGUCGUAGAGAAAUGUCUUACUUUUGGUGAACCCAAUGAAAGACAACUACUGGUGAAUGAGAUGCUUGGCGCAACAGAUGAAAAUGAGCCCCUACAGGCUAUGAUGAAAGAUCAGUUUGCAAAUUAUGUUGUACAGAAAGUUCUGGAAACUUGCAGUGAUCAAGAGCGGGAAUUGAUCCUUUCACGAAUAAAAGUCCACUUGAAUGCGUUGAAGAAGUACACUUACGGAAAACAUAUUGUUACUCGCGUUGAGAAACUCGUUGCUGCUGGGGAAAGGAGAAUGGCUGCACAGGUCCCAAAUGUGGCAUAGAUUUUAAUAUAUAGAGAAGUAUGAAUGUACAGCUAACCUGAGGCUAGUUUGAGCGACCCCCUCCCCCUCCCCACCCUCUCUUCCAUGGGCUGUGAAUGUCAAUAAAGUUGUUGCUCGUGCUAGAGAUCUGUACAUUCUGUAGUUUAUGUCUCUAUAAUAUAGAACCAGGUUAAGCUUAAAGGCUGCUUAGAGAGGAGGAUGAGUUUUCUGUAAAAAUGACACCCACAAGGCAAUAGUAGCAGUAAUUAUAUAUAUUAUUGUUGUUUACCAUGUUCUUGUUGAGAGACGAUGCGUCUAUCCAAGGGAUUCCAAGGCCGGGUUUUCAGUUUUCAUCUAUGGUAUUUGUGAUUAACUUCU